GACACUGCCGGAGCCGCCGCCGCGAUGUCCGCGCUCAGCGUCAGCCGGCAGCUGCUCUGGACUGUGGUCUGGCAUGGCUGGAGGUCGAGCUCCAGCAAACCUGCCCCAAAUGUGCACCUGAGCAAACCUGGGGCCGGGUUCAGCUUUGAACUGACAGAUGAACAGAAGGAAUUCCAAGCCACUGCCCGGAAAUUUGCUCUGGAGGAGAUUAUUCCUGUUGCUGCUCAGUAUGACAAGACUGGCGAGUAUCCUGUGCCACUCAUCAAACGAGCUUCGGAGCUUGGGCUGAUGAAUUCCCACAUCCCAGAGAGCUGUGGGGGGUUGGGGCUGGGCUCCUUCGAGGCAUGUUUGAUCACAGAGGAGCUGGCCUACGGAUGCACCGGGGUGCAGACAGCCAUCGAGGCCAAUUCCCUGGGGCAAAUGCCAGUGAUCACCGCUGGGAAUGAGCAGCAGCAGAAGAAAUAUUUGGGAAGGAUGACAGAGGAGCCCUUCAUGUGUGCCUACUGUGUGACAGAGCCCGGCGCGGGCUCGGAUGUGGCCGGGAUCAAGACCCGGGUGGAGCGGAAGGAAGAUGAGUACAUCAUCAACGAGCAGAAGAUGUGGAUCACCAACGGCGGGAAGGCCAACUGGUAUUUCCUGCUCGCCCGCACUGACCCCGACCCCCGAGCCCCGGCCAGCAAAGCCUUCACGGGGUUUAUCGUGGAGGCCAACAGCCCCGGCAUCCAGACUGGCAGAAAGGAGCUGAACAUGGGCCAGCGCUGCUUGGACACGCGCGGGAUCAUCUUCGAGGACGUCCGAGUCCCCAAGGAGAACGUGCUGAUCACAGAGGGCGCUGGCUUCAAGAUCGCCAUGGGUGCCUUUGACAAGACCAGGCCCCCCGUGGCAGCGGGGGCCGUGGGGCUGGCAAAACGAGCGCUCGACGAGGCCACAAGGUACGCACUGGAGAGGAAAACCUUCGGGAAACCCAUCGUGGAGCACCAGGCCGUGGCAUUCCUGCUGGCGGAGAUGGCCAUGAAGGUGGAGCUGGCCCGGCUGCCGUACCAGCGCGUGGCCUGGGAGGUGGACGCCGGCCGCCGCAACACCUUCUACGCCUCCGUCGCCAAGGCCUUUGCCGGGGACAUCGCCAACCAGGUGGCCACCGACGCCAUGCAGAUCUUUGGGGGGAAUGGGUUCAACACAGAAUAUCCUGUGGAGAAGCUCAUGAGGGAUGCCAAAAUCUACCAGAUCUACGAGGGCACGGCACAGAUCCAGCGGGUGAUCAUCGCCCGCCAGCACCUGGGCAGGUACAGGGCCUGAGGGACGUGGCGGCUCCGGGUCCUGCCUUCCAGGGAAGGAGAUUUUGCUGCAUUUCUCCAUUAGAAACACCUGGGAAAAUCCCUUUUCCUCCAAACUGCUCUUCUUGUGCCUGAUCCAGCACAGGCUCUGGGAUCUCAUUCAUGCCCUCACCAGCCCCCCCAGCUGACCGUCUCAAACAUCCCUGAAUCCCACAGGGAUCGGUGUCUCUCUUGCCCACUCUCCUUUUGGCAGCAGAGGAAGAAAAAACCUGCUCUGGCAAACCUUCGUGAUCAAAAAGU